AAAGCAAGAAAAGAAAAAUAGGUUCCGAGUGUACGGCCCAUAACCGAUGAAAGCUAAUUACAGAAUUUCCGGUUCCGGUUAAGAGUCUAAAGUCUAAAGAUCCCUUUAGUUGAAGGGAUGUUGGGUAGUUAUUAGUUAAUCUGGAAGGUGGAAACCCCGCCAAAAUGCUGACAAUAACGACCGCCUCCAUAUCUCAUUCUCUUCCACCAUCUCCAACACCAGCACCAGCACCAGCACCAACAGCAACUCCUCAAACGCCUAACCUCCACAAUUCUUGCCAACCAAUCAACCGCCGCCACUUGCUUCUUACUUCCCUCACUACCCUCUCCUUAGCUUCAUUCUCUGUCUCAGUUUCGGUUGCCACUGCACGUGGCCUUCUCCAGAUGCCCCCACCUCGCCUCGGUAACAGGUACUUCUUGGUGAGGGCUGGUGAGUCUGAAUAUGACAGCUUAGGUAUAAUCAACACCAACCCUGUAACAAAAACAUCAGUCGAUAGUGGAUUAUCAGAGAAAGGGAAGAAGCAGGCAGUAAGGGCUGCUUUGGAGUUGAAGGCAAUGGGGGCCUGUGAAAGGAGCUGCUGGAUUUGGCCUUCAAUUACUCAAAGAGCUUACCAGGCUGCUGAGAUCAUUGCUGCUGUUAAUGGAGUCAGUCGUAGUUAUAUAGUUCCAGAGUAUAGCUUCCUCGAUGCUCGUGGACUGGGAGCAUAUGAAGGCAAGAAACUGGAAGCCGUUUCAGAAGUUUAUGAAUCGGAUAGCAUUUCUUCUACAAUCAAGCCACCUCCUAUAGAUGAUGGAACUCCAAAUGAAAGUGUGGCCGAUGUAUUUGUUCGUGUGACACAACUCAUGUCUAUCCUUGAGACUCAAUACUCUGAAGACACUGUAGUUAUAGUCUCUCCUGAUUCUGAUAAUUUGACGAUAUUGCAAGCUGGUUUAGUUGGACUUGACCUUCGAAGGCACAGAGAUCUUUCCUUUGCCCCCGGCGAAGUAAGAUAUGUUGAUCCAAGUAGCAUUCCUACCUACAAGCAACCUGCAUCCGCUGUGUAUAAAUGUUUAAACCCACCCAACUGUAACUGAUAGCAUUAUUUCUUUACAAAGUCUAAUGUAUACAAAAGAAAAAAAAAUCUGCUGCUUAUUAUUUGCUCCUUCUGUAUUCAUUUCGGUGUAUCUCCAUCAAUAUCAUACUCCACCGCUUGUUUUUGUCAGGAUCUGCUUUUUUUGGUAGAUUUCGUUUUCAAAAUCUUUCAGGGCACAAUAAACAAAUAAUGUAAAAACAUUGAGCCUUUCCACUUGUUCUUGCCACCUAAACUACAAAAAUAGACAAGAUAAUGAAACUUAAUUUGAUCCUGGUGAGUGGGUGUGUCGUAUCAUGAGUGCUCCGAGGAUAUUUAUUCUCAAAGUGAUAUACCAUGUUUCCCUCUAGUUUCUUAUAUUCAGAAAACAAACGUCGUACAAACCAGCUACCUGGAGCUGAGGCAGCUACUCAUAUUCAUAUUUAUUCUUGAUCUGCCAAGUGCAUACAUCUGGAGUUCUCACUCGUU